AUGGACAACCCUCCUGAGCCUAUGCCCAAGGUCUCGGUCGACCCUCUUCCUCCAGCGGCAUCCCCAUCGCCGUCUUCGCCUCCAUCUCCACCUCUUUCUCCACCACCGCAAGAGCGCUCGGUCGUUGCGGUUCCAGCAGCAGACCCAACACUUCAAAAGGCUGUAGCACCACCAGCAUCUGAUCCCAGUCCCCCAUCGCCACCUCCAGCACCUCCAGUUGUCGUCGCUAUCCCUGAACCUGUUCCGCCACCAGCUUCUCCUGUCAUCACACCAGCGCCAGUCAUCGUUGAGAAGGUCAAGGAGAGCCCAUCAGCUGCUCCUGUUCCAACUCCAGUACCAGCUCGGGCUCCAUCGCCAGCUCCAUCGCCCGCUCCUGCUCCAGCACCUGCUCCAGCACCUGCUUCAUCUACCACGGUUGUCGUUGAAAAGGUCAAGACGCCACCACCCCCUCUACCUACUGCACCCGCAGUAAUGGUUGUGGAGUCAGCAGCUGCUCCAUCGCCCGUCGUCGUCACUGCAGAUGCGGCCAUUGGGAGAAGCGACACAGCCACUCAUGAGCCACAGAAGAAGUCCGACAAGGUUCCUGUUCUCAUUGCAACAAGAUCAGCCCCUGAACUACAACAAGAUUCACACCAACUACAGGCCAGACCAUCGGUAUUGAGCUUCCGUUCGGCGCCUCCUGACACCUUUGUCAGACGUGACACACACGUUGUGGUCAUCGAUCCCGCGGUCAACGAACACCCAAAGAGACACUGGAGAGACAAGGUCAGAAAGUUUUGGGGAAGCAACGUUGCAACUGCUGUGGUUUCGAGAUAUUGA